AUGUCUGGGUUUGUAAAGCGUCGACGGGCUUUAAAUAUAAGCGGAACCCGGCUAUCAGUGCACACGGGACAGUCGGUAACUUCUUCAGGAAACCCCUCACUGGACCAUGUUUUUGGAGGUGGGUUUCCCAUCGGUUCCAUCAUAGGUAUCGAGGAAGACAAACAUGGAAGCUAUUCAAGGGUGUUAUCGAAAUAUUUUCUCGCAGAAGGAAUCGUAAACAAACAUCCGCUGUUGGUUGGGACGAUGGAAGAAAAUCCAACACAGCUAAUCGAAAAAUUACCUAAACCUGUUGAAGCUAAUACAUUGGCUGAAAGGGGCACCGAGCAAGAACCAGAAACCAUGCGUAUUGCUUUUCGAUACAAUCAGCUAGCUCCAGUAGAUUCCGAACAGAAGUCAUCCACAGCCCUUGGACACUAUUUCGAUCUCACCAAAACAAUAACUUCCACCACGAUACUUGCACAAGAUAUAACCUAUUGGAACGGAGAUGAAGUGCCAGAAAAUUAUACCGGAUUCGUGGAUUCAUUCAAGAAUCCACACUUCGCAUCGCUUUUGUCCUGCAUCCAGCGGAAAGCCAGUGAACAACAGUUUAAUUCCGCUUUGGACGAGAGCUCAAAAAAUGUGCUACGAAUCUGUUUAAACUCAAUCGGCUCCCCGUUGUGGUACGAGCAGUAUUUUUCUGACGAUUUUCUACGAUUCAUCGUCUUACUGAAAGCCAUCGUACGAAACACGCUGUCGGUUUGUUUGAUAACCGUUCCGUUCCAUCUGUUCCGCCACCUGGACGACAUUUACCUGUGCAACAAAGUGCGAAAUUUAUUUGACUUUUCCUUCGAGCUGGAAGCUUUUGCCGGACAAAUGGAAGAACAAGCGAAUCCUGUAUUCAAAGAGUACCACGGCUUGUUGAACAUUACCAAAAUAGGACCAUUUAAUAGUUUGGCUUCCUUUCAUCCUAAAACACGCGAUCUAGCGUUCAAGCUGAAACGAAGCAAAUUCGUAAUAGAAAAGUUGCAUCUUCCGCCGGAUAUUGCAGAUGACGAAAGUCGCACUAAAAAUCCUGUUCCGACACUUAGUUGCGCUGGUGGAGGAAUGAAAAGCAAGCUUGAUUUUUAG